GUGGUGGGGUGGUGGCAAGCUGGCAACAAUGUUUAAAGGCUCAGUGUGUCCGCAGGUGUUCACAGGAGAGGUAUUGCGUGUCCUCCGUCUCAAUCCACACCUCCCUCCUUCCCUCUUUUUACUCCUCACAUUCCUCCACCUCUCUCCGCUGAGCUCCAGAAGACACCAUGGCCUUCUCGUCGCUGGUGGUGAUGAAGGUGGUGUUGAUGGUGUUCCCGCUGCUGGUGUUGGGCACGGAGACGGUGAUGAGCCCCGUGAUGCCAAAGGAAGGUGACGAGUUCCUGCUGGAGUGUAGCGGCAGCGGGGACAUGGCCUACUUCCUGCUUCAUCAGAAGGGUGACGCCCUUGAAGUGGGGCAUCAUGAUGAGCUACAGAUCGUAGUUUUCCAGAACGCCACCGUCUUUUUCCAGAGGGUCACCCUGUCCCACGAGGGCACACACCUCUGUCUCAGGAACAACAACAAUAACGACCUCCAGGGGUACCCCGCCCAACUCCAGGUGCGCCCCCUGCCCCCGGAUGACCUGUGGACCGACGUGUACAAACAGACCAAGUUCGUGACUGGCAUCCUGGCCGCCCUGGUGGUGGCUGCAAUGUUCGCUCUGGGCUGCCUCGUUUACCAGUACCGCUGGCAGCCGCGCCCCGAGAAAGACGGGCUUCCCAUCCUCUCUACCCCCAUUGGCUACGAGAACCCGGCCAUGUCCAAAAUCGAGGGGGAUGAGGAGUCCAACUGCUCCACCAACAUGUAAGGGCGAGGUCACAGGUCACGGAAGUAGAAAAAGAAGAAGGAUGGGUAUAGAAGAAGAACAGGAAGAAUAGUGUGUUGUGUGGAUAAAGAAAAGGUUAGGAAAGCGGAGGAAAGAGUAGAGGAAGAAAGUAUAAUGGAAAGGAGAGAGAGAGAGGGAAAACAACGAAGAAGAGGGAUGACUAGGAGAGCAGAAUAGGAAGAAUAGUGUGUUGUGGAAAAAAUAAAAGGGUAGGAAAGUGGAAGAAGGAAUAGAGAAAGAAUAUAGAGAAGGGAAAAGGAGAAAAUAGGAAAGUUGGGAAGAAUCAACACGAAGAAUGAGGAAACGAAAGGGAGAGAAGAGAAAGUGUUGGAAAUGGAAGGAGAAAAAAAGGAAGGUAGGAAGGUACAGUAUGAGUAAGGAAAGAGAAUGGGAAAUGUGGAAAAAGGAAGAAAGAGUAGAGAAAGGAGAUAAGGGAAGGGAAGGAAGAAGGUAAGGAGGUGGGGACGGGAAGGAGAGAGAGAAAAAUGAAGAUGGUGUGAAGAAAAUAAAAGAUAAAUAAAGAGGUUGAUAAGUAAAAGGUCACCAAUGUAGAUAUAGAGAUAGAGACAGAAUUUCACAUGUUACAAUUUCUACACUUUUUAUAGUGUUUAUGGUUGUGAUUUUCUUCUUUUACUUCUCAUUUUAACCAUAACGAAAGAAAGACAAAUAUAUAUGUAGCCUAUACGGCAUUAAUCUUAUAACUACUAUGUAUUUAUAAAUUGAAGAGAAAAUUAGUGAAAGAAAUGUUACUAUUUAUAUUCUAGUAAUAAAAUGUUUACCAGUA